ACCAAACUCAUCAACAAAUGUCCGCAUCAGGCGACGACGAGAAGCAGAACAAAGCGCCGCGAAAGAAGCGAUGGGCGACAAAAGUCCGCACGGGCUGCCUCAUGUGCCGCACACGGCAUUUGAAAUGCGAUGAAGGCGAGCCCAGUUGUCGACGAUGUCUUGUAGGAGGACGCGAAUGCCAGUAUCCGUAUGCGCUGCAGCAGCAGCAAAGCAGGCCCGUUUUCGAACCGAUAUCCCCCACGGCGCUGGUCGCCAGUCCGCCGCACGCCGGCGUGUCGCCAUACAACUGCCAGCCGACGCAGGUGGAACACGAGCUCCUCUCGCUAUAUACGGAGCAUGUAGCGCCGCAAAUGUCGGGCGUGUUUGACGGGGACUUCUGGACCGUCGUCGCACCGCAGGCGAGUCGAGUCUACCCAGCGAUAUGGCACGCCCUCUUGGCCAUGUCCUCGAUGCACAGGUGGAAGCUGAGCGAGGGGUCACCGGUGCGCUACGGGUACUACGAGAUGGGGCUGCGGCAGUGUAACAAGUCGAUUGCGUGCUUGACGAAAAUCGCUACCGACAGCCCGACUGCUGCAGACCAGGAGGCGCUACUGAUGGGGUCGAUUCUGCUGUCGUCGUUUUGCAACUUGCAAGGCGACUUGCGGGAGAUUACGAUGCACGCAUACAAAGGAUUGUUUUUAUUCAAGCAAAUGGGACGGGGGAACAACUCGUACUGGGCGACAGAUCCAUCGCCCAAAGAUGUGGUUGCGUCGGCGGCGCUGAUCGCACCCCUCUUUACGAAACUCGAGGCACUUGUCACUAAUGCCCCUCACGAGGCACCGUGUUCAUCUUGGGAUCUACCACAGGAUACAGAGCCAUUACAUUCAGCACCGUUUGAGUCUAUAACAGAGGCAUAUGUCGACCUGUUCCCGCUGCUGCACAACUUCUUCCGGGUUGCCAACCGAGAAGGAUACUGGUGGUCGACUGCCACGGGGCAAAGAUCGCCGGAUUAUCGGUAUCCGUAUCGACGUGCCUUUACGACGUGGAAGGUCAGAUUCCAUGCGUUCCAUCGCGGCGCGCACAGUCCGCGAGAAACGGUGGCUGAGGCAGGCAUCGAGGGCACAAGGCUGUCCAUCCUGCGGAUCUGGGAGCUGUGCUUUGAAUCGUGCCUCGAUAUGGACGCUGCCGAGGAGGAGCUGGGCUGGGACCGCUGCAAACCGUGCUUCACGCGGCUAGUACAACUGGCAGAGCGGCUGCUGUCGAGAGCGAGUGGUGCUGGUGGACAGCCGAGCGACAAGCUGCAGCUAGCGUCGCUCGUCACCAUGAUAGGCGAGCCGCUGUACUCGUUGGCCGCGGUGUGCCGCGAUGUCGUCCUGCGACGCAAGGCCAUCGAGCUGCUGCGCAAGUACCCGCACCGUGAAGGCCCUUUUGACAGCCAUGUACUUGUGCGAUUGGCCGAGACUCGCGUCAAGAUUGAAGAGGAAGCAGUAUUGUCGAGCCGAUCCGAGGACGGCUGCCAGUGCGUGCGCGGCAACUUUGUAUGCAACAUGCACCGCAUCGUCUUCCCAGCACCCAAGUACUACGAAGACGGGUGUAUAGUAACGCACAUUACUACUGUGGACGAUGUAAAGAAGAACAGCAUCGGCCACAAACUCAAGAUACCUUGGGGCAUGGCUCAGACCCGGAAACCGGCCCCUCGCUCCAUGGCGAGCAUCUAACGAUAUACCCUCCCCCUAUUUUUUCACGUUUUAAAAUUUCGCUGUAUAUAACUUUGUUUAUUUUUAUUGGUUUCUUCUUUCCGCGGAUGAAACCCAACCCCAGUAGGCACAUAUUACAUAGAAACCUCCACAAAAGAAAUGACAACGCACUGUACGCACAGCUGUCCAGCUCAUCUUACAUUGGCGCCUAAAGCACACCGUUUGGGGAAGCACAGCGCUUCGGCUUGCAUCCCCCUCCCCCGUUUUCCGGAAGUGACUUAGUUCCGGUGUAACGCUGUAACUUUUUUCUGGGUGGUAGUUUUCUCAACAAGGCUGGCUGGUCUGGAACCAGCUUCA